AUGAGUAAUGAACGAGUCACCUAUGCAGAACUGAAUGUGGCAAAGAACUCAAGGAACCAGCACAGGAAACCAAGGGGUCCUCGCAGCUCCAAUUCAGUCAUCGAGCAGGAAAUCAUCUAUGCGGACUUCAGCUUUCAAAAUCCUUCUCCAGAGCAUCCCAAGGUCUGCAGGGAUUGCCGCUGCAAAGGUUUUGCAUCUCCUCCAGAAAAACGCACUGCUGGUACCCUGGGCAUCAUCUGUUUUGUCUUAAUUGUCGUUUUGGUUGUAGUUACUACAGUUGCCAUACCAUAUACUAAAGGAAAGGUGCAGAUCAACACCUCAGUGACUAGAACCCACACAGAAAUAAAUUUUACUCUCUCUUCAGUACAACCAUCUUGUGCUCAGUGCCCAAAGGAGUGGAUAUCAUAUUCCCACAGAUGUUAUUACAUUGGUGUGGAGAAAAAAUCUUGGAAUGAUAGUUUGGUGUCCUGCAUUUCCAAAAACUGUAGUCUGCUUCACAUAGAUAGUGAAGAGGAGAAGGGCUUCCUGGAAUCCCUUUCACUGGUCUUAUGGGCUGGAGUCGAACAGAAAAGCAGAGGUCAGCCCUGGGCUCAGAUAAAAGACCCAACUUUCCAUUCAAAGAUAUCAGAGACUUCCCAUGAUGAACAUGACUGUGCAAUGCUGUCAACUUCUGGUCUCACAGCAGAAAACUGUGCAGCUUUACACACAUAUAUUUGUUUUACAAAGCACACACUUACUGAAAAUACAAAAGUUCAUUCUAAAAAGAAAUUUGGAUUUGUGGAUGUGGUAUUUUGUCAGAGUUUAUCCUAUUCUGAUCACCACAGCAUAGAGCACAGUAGAAUUACCACAGGACACAAAACUGAUUAUCACCCACUGGCCUGCAGAGUCAUGAGUCGCCCUCUCGGAACUGAACGUACCUCAGAACCCAGGAAACCCUCAAAGAAAAUCCAGUCUCAGCUCCAUUUCAGUAACGGAGCAGGAGAUCAGCUGCUGGAGUUGAGCUUUCAACGUGCUUCCCAGAAGCAUCUCAAGACCAGCAGGCAUAGCUACUGCAAAAAUGUUUUAUCACCUCCAGAGAAGCUCAUCUCUGGGAUCCUGGGCAUCAUCUGGUUUGCCUUAUUGAUCGCUUUGGUGAUAUCAACCAGAAUUGUUUCUCCAUAUACUGAACAGAAGAAGCAGAUCCCCUUCUUCCUAGUUAGAACAGAGAAAUGUACACAUACCUUGUUUAAUAAAGAUAUAAACCAUAAUCUCUCUUCAGCACAACCACCUUGUGCUCAGUGCCCAAAGGAGUGGAUAUCAUAUUCCCACAGUUGUUAUUACAUUGGUGUGGAGAGAAAAUCUUGGAAUGAUAGUUUGGUGUCCUGUAUUUCCAAAAACUGUAGUCUGCUUCAUAUAGAGAGUGAAGAGGAGAAGGGCUUCCUGGAAUCCCUUUCACUGGUCUUAUGGGCUGGAGUCAAACAGAAAAGCAGAGGUCAUCCCUGGGCUCAGAUAAAAGACCCAACUUUCCAUUCAAAGAUAUCAGAGACUUCCCAUGAUGAACAUGACUGUGCAAUGCUGUCAAUUUCUGGUCUCACAGCAGAAAACUGUGCAGCUUUACAUACAUAUAUUUGCAAGUAUAAGCUCACCAGUUGA